GGCCCGAGACACCCACCCGCGGGCAUAGCCGGAGUGGCGGGAAGAGGCAGGUCCGCGGCCGCAGCGCUGGCUGCGGUGACGUUCCGGUCCUCGAACCCCUGCACCACGGACUCUGGUUGGAACACCGGAGCAGGGACUUUCCCGCGCUCGGGGUGAGGUGGAGAGCAGGGGGGCGUGGAAAGUAAUAACGAGGACGCUAACAGUCGUAACGGCAGGAAUCAGCAGACCCUUCCCCCCCCUUUCCUGGGGUGGAAUCCCUGGCUCAUCUGAACUGAGAGCCUGAACAAUGCAGACUCCACUGACCAGUCCUGUGCCUGUACUGCGGCUCCCCCGGGGCCCUGAUGGCUUGAGCCGAGGCUUUGCCCCUGAUGGACGGCGGGCCCUCCUGAAGGCAGAGGUUUCUGAAACCCUGGAGUCCCCCAUAGUUCACGAAUCUCGGGAAUCCCAGGAACAGCGGGCCCGAGCCACGCUCCGGGAGCGCUACCUCCGCAGCUUGCUGGCCAUGGUGGGUCGCCAGGUCAGCUUCACCUUGCACGAGGGUGUGCAUGUGACUGCCCAGUUCGGAGCCACUGACCUGGACGUGGCCAACUUCUACGUGUCACAGCUGCAGACUCCGAUAGGUGUGCAGGCUGAAGCGCUGCUCCGGUGUAGUGACAUUAUUGCAUACACCUUCAAGCUAUGAAGACAUUAUUGUCACCUUCUCCAAGCAACUUUGGCUUUUUCGGAUCUCCAGGGUAUAGUCAGUGAAAUUCUGCAACCCCAGGAGUUCUAGGUCCUGUUGAAAGGAAUGCUCUACCUCACAGAACUCUCAACUCUACAGAAAUGUGGGCCUUGGGCCAGUUCCUAAAGACCGGGUGGGGUGGGAUGGGGUGGGGGAGAGGGCAGUGGGAAUAAAGGAAGGUAAAUUGCAGAGUGGGAAAUUGUUUAUCAUAGAAGUUGCAGCCCUGGCCAGGUAGCUCAGUUGGUUCAAGUAUUAUGCAGAUAUGCCAAGGUUGUGGGUCCAGUUCCGGGUCAGGGCACAUACAAGAAAUAACCAAU